CUAUAAAACCCAGUCAGAAUGAGGCCGGUGUCCUGCCCUGAUCUGGUCACUACCUCCCCCCGUGUGUGUCAGGAGCCGUCAGGACAGGCAGGAAUCGAACCUCCGUCAUGAACGACAUCUACAAGGCUGCGGUUGAGCAGCUGACAGACGAGCAGAAAAAUGAGUUCAAGGCCGCCUUCGACAUCUUUGUGCAAGAUGCUGAGGACGGAUGCAUCAGCACCAAGGAGCUAGGAAAGGUGAUGAGGAUGCUGGGCCAGAACCCUACACCAGAGGAGCUGCAGGAGAUGAUCGACGAGGUGGACGAAGAUGGCAGUGGCACAGUGGACUUCGACGAGUUCCUGGUCAUGAUGGUCAGGUGUAUGAAGGACGACAGCAAAGGGAAGUCGGAGGAGGAACUGGCCGAACUUUUUCGCAUGUUUGACAAAAACACCGACGGUUACAUCGACCUGGAGGAGUUGAAGAUGAUGCUGGAGUCCACAGGAGAGACCAUCACCGAGGACGACAUCGAGGAGCUGAUGAAGGACGGAGACAAGAACAACGACGGCAAAAUCGACUACGAUGAAUUCUUGGAGUUCAUGAAAGGAGUAGAGUAAACCUGAGAGACAGUGAGAGAAGAUCCAGGUCCAUGUUUUUUUUUUUUGUUAUUCCUCUCACUGUGGUCACGUGACAAAGCGGAGGCCGACACUGGAGGCCAAUCAGAAAUCCACACAACAACUUUGCAAGAUUUUGUCAAAUGCUUCAUCUGAACAUUUCUCUGUUUUUCUGCCACACGUUCUUGCAUCGUUGUAAAUACAGAUUGUACUGACUGUGUGUAAAUGUUUGAAACUGACUUGUAUUUUCUACAUAUACUAUGACAGUACCAUAAUAAUACUGCAACACAGUUUACAGAUCUUCUCACUGAGAACAUUCAUUUGUGCAGAAAAGCGAUCCCGUCCACGGGUCGUCAAGUAGACUAAAGACCAUCGACGUACGUGAGUCUUUGAACUGUACUUGUUAUGAAGUAGAUAUUGUGUACAAUUCUGUAUUUUUAAGACACACUCAGGACUUUUAAUUUCCCCCCUUUUUUUCAUGAUACUUAUACCUGCGAAGCGCUCUGUAAUAAACAAGGUGUUUUUGCCAAAAAAA